GGUUACGAUCGACUUCGCCGUCCGCCGAGCUUCACACCGAAGGAAACCCGUUUCACAGGAUGUUUUGGAAGGCGUGAAAUCAGUUUGAAGAUUUAAAGCACCGUGGGCGUGGAGGAAAGAAGAGAAUAUGCGGCCGUCUUCAUUGUCAUGAACACAAAAUAUUUUUAAACCAGAGGUCGUGCAUUGAUUGAUUGAUGCAUUGGUUUUAAUGACUGCAGAUCCUUUUCUGAUUCCUCCUAUUGAUGUUUGUUGUGCACGUGUUCUCGAACUAGAGUGGACGUACAGCAGCAGGAAUUAAACGAGGUAGAAAAAAAAGGUCAGUCAAUGGAGCAAGUCGACAUCUCUGCUGACAGAAACGUCCUGUGCCUGUUUGACGUGGAUGGAACUCUGACGGCACCAAGAGAGAAAAUUGACCCUGAGCUGGAUGAGUUCUUCCAAGCGUUGAGAAGGAAAGUCAAGAUUGGCAUCGUCGGAGGAUCCGACUAUUCCAAGAUCGCGGAACAGCUCGGGGAAGGAGAUGACGUCAUCCACAAGUUUGACUAUGUAUUUGCUGAGAAUGGCACAGUGCAGUAUAAAGAUGGCAGACUCCACUCAACACAAGCAAUCCAAAAUCAUAUUGGGGAGGAGCUCUUGCAAGACCUCAUCAACUUCUGUCUGAACUACAUGGGGCUCAUCAAACUUCCAAAGAAAAGAGGAACGUUCAUUGAGUUCAGGAAUGGAAUGCUCAACAUUUGCCCCAUCGGUCGGAGCUGCAGCUACGAGGAACGAUUGGAGUUCUCUGAAAUUGAUAAGAGAGAAAAAAUCAAGGAGAAAUUUGUUGAUGCCCUCAUGACAGAAUUUGCUGGAAAGAGACUGCGGUUCACCAGAGGCGGCCUUAUCAGCUUUGACGUGUUUCCUGAAGGCUGGGACAAGAGUUUAUGUCUGGAUUUUCUGGAGAGCGAAGGCCUGGACGACAUCUACUUCUUUGGCAAUGAGACGUCAGAUGGGGGAAACGAUUACGAAAUCUUUAACGACCCGCGUACGAUCGGCGUCACUGUCUACUCUCCGCAAGACACUGCCAGGCGGUGUCGGCAACUUUUCUUUGGUGAUCCAUCAUGUGAAUCCUGAUAUUAUUUUACUAGCUCAAAGGACUCUGCUGAGUAUUUGUUAGACUUGCUGAAAAUCAACCAGCGGAUCAGAACAGGUUGGUCUUGUUCUCCAUGUAUAUGAUCGGUGUAUGGGGGAAAAUUUUGAAAAAUAGGACUAAAGAUCCAUGACUCACAAGAUAUAACAGGUAAAGGGUUCCGUAUUCUGUAUAGAAGAUGACUGGAUGGAAGAUAAUGAUAAUGAUACACAUGAUAAACAUUUUCUUCUUAUUAAAUGUUAAAUGUAUCGAAGGAUAACCCUCUACAGGGUGUAAGACAAUUAGUCUUUUCUCCCUCGCUGUGCAAAACAUUCCUUCUAGCUACAAAUGAAUUGAUUCGUUAUCUGCUUUUAUGUUGUUGAUAUUAACUGAAUUUGAAUUUUUAACCUUUGAUUCUACAGUGAAUUCAGCUUCUGUGAUUAAGUCACGGUGCAAAUCUAACAAAUGUGUCUAUUUGAACCCUUUUAAGAAGCUACCGCAUGCUAUUAAGUCAGUCGUCGUGUGUCGUUUAUUUUUAUUGACCAUGGUGUCCAAAAGUUGUUGGUGUCUUUUAUGAAUGACCAAUCAUGGAAUUCGAUUGAGUGCGUCUGCCUCAUGCACGUGCUAAACUGUCAACAUAUUCACAUAUUGAUAACAAGGAGUGUGGGAACUGUAGCCUGCGCUAUAAGAUUUGCAAAGCUGGUUAUAUUUAUUAUUUGAUGACGUACGUAACGAAUGAAUUGCUUUGACAUCAUUUCACUUUACUUCAGAAUUUCAACAACGGUUGUGUUUCCUGUCGGUGUUUUUUUUUUUCGUGCGUGACGCACGUCGAGUUGCCUUACGUAUGAAAUGUGUUCGGCAAAUAAAGCUGCCUUGCCUUCCCUCAA